AUGCCACAUGCUAGACUAGACUACAGGCUACAGGCUACAGCAACACUUGAUACUGAUGGGGCAGCGGCACCGGCAGUCCAGGACAUCGGAGAUCCAGAUCCCUGGUGGGUUCACACCGCUUGGCCCGAUUGUGAUCGGUCGGGGGGGCUAUGCACUCGACCGAGAGUAGUAGGGGGGGAGCUCUGGCCAAAUAAUCUAGGUUAUCCCCGGCUUACGAUGUGCACGGGAGACGAAUUCCUGGUUGCUACAGCCUACAGCACUCACAUGGGAGGAACCAUGCGAUUGACGGGCAACUACCUAGAUUACAGAGCACCGAAAGUCGGAGGGUCUGGUCUUAACACUGAGACUGGGGGCGGUGAGAUGACGGCGAACAAAAGAACCCGUGCCCGUGUCCGAGAAAAGGGACCAACCAAGGAACCAAGCAAUGCCGAAGUGGAAGAGAAGCAAAUGGGCGAAGAGAGAAAAACCGCAGAGGCUUUUCGGGUUGGAUUUCUAAGCAGGAGUCACUGGGUUCCCCACCUGCAGCCUGAGGUUUGCACCGGCAGAGCACCUCAGGCUACACUUUUUGCCUUCUGCAGAAUCCUGUAG